UGGAGAACUUCCAAUUCAUAUCAGAAGAACAAUAUCAAGAACCGAUCCUGUCAUAUGGAGCAUCGCUCAGGCCCUCUCAAUCUUUGUCAUGUCCUCACAAAAUCAAUCAUCAUCAACCGCACGCACAUGCUCGUUCAUGCCACAGCUCUAUCCACUCUUAUCUACUAUAGAGCUUCAUUUUUCUUCAAUGAAAACAACUCGAGAGUCAAAUCCACAACUCUAGCAUGGCUCAUCAUUUUUCUUGCCGAGCUAGUGCUAUCUUUCCAAUGGCUCCUCAACCAAGCCUUCCAGUGGCGGCCCAUCUCGCGGGCUGCCUUCCCCGAGCGGCUGCCGGAGGACGGGAAGCUCCCGGACAUCGACGUGUUCGUGUGCACGGCGGACCCAGACAAGGAGCCGACUGUGGAUGUGAUGAACACGGUGGUAUCGGCGAUGGCGCUCGACUAUCCCCCAGAGAAGCUCCAUGUGUAUCUCUCGGACGACGCCGGCUCGCCGCUGACGUUGCACGGGAUGAGGGAGGCUUACGGUUUCGCGAGAUGGUGGCUGCCCUUCUGUAAGAGGUAUGGAAUAGAGACGAGGUGUCCAAAGGCAUAUUUUAGGGAAGAAGAGGAUGAUGAGGGGAUUGGUAUGAGCUCUGAGAAUGAGUUUGGCUCGGAGAAGAAGAAAGUCAAGGAGAAGUAUGAGUUGUUCAAGGAACGAGUAAAUGAGUAUCGAAAGAGGCACCGAGGUGACUCUAGCCACACUGGCCGAGACCAUCCGCCUACCAUCGAGGUGGUCGGAGGAAAUGUCCCCGAUGAAGUUGUGCAAGCACGCCAAGACCCCAUGCCUCAGCUUAUAUACGUCUCAAGAGAAAAGAGACCUGCUCAUCACCAUCACUUCAAAGCUGGAGCUCUCAACGUUCUUCUUCGGGUAUCGGGAGUAAUAAGCAACUCGCCUUACAUUUUGGUGCUGGAUUGCGACAUGUACUGCAAUGGCCCUUCUUCGGCUCGGCAGGCGAUGUGUUUCCAUUUGGAUCCGAGAUUAUCUCGAUCUCUCAUGUUGGUUCAAUUUCCUCAAAGAUUUCAUAAUAUCAGUAACAACGACAUCUACGACAGCAAGAUCAGAAAGUACUUCUGGACAUGCUGGUAUGGAAUGGAUGGAUUGAAGGGACCUAUUUUAUCUGGGACUUGCUUUUACAUUAAGAGAGAGUCCUUGUAUCGUAAACCCACACAAGAAGGCACAGGUUCUGAUCUCAUGGAUUUAAAGAAACUCUUUGGCCAUUCAAAUGAAUUCAUCAAAUAUCUUUGGCGAAAGGAGAAGCCAAGCCAGAACACCAUUGCCGGUGGCUCUGCAGCAUUAAGGAAAGAAACCCAACUGUUAGCUACCUGUGGCUAUGAAAAUGGCACAAAAUGGGGUCAAGAGGUGGGCUUCAUGUACUAUUCUGUGGUAGAAGACUAUUUCACAGGCUUGACCUUACACUGCAAAGGCUGGACUUCAGUGUAUUAUAACCCAUCAAAGCCGCAAUUUUUAGGCACCGCGACAACAAAUUUGAAUGACCUGUUGAUUCAAGGCACGAGAUGGGGUUCCGGGUUGUCAAAAGUCGGUGUCUCAAGAUUUUGUCCUCUGAUCUAUGGCUCAUUGAGGAUGUCCAUUCUUCAGAGCAUGUGCUAUGCUGAACUUGCAUUUUUUCCCUUCUAUUUCUUGCCAAUUUGCUGCUUUGCAACUAUUCCUCAGGUCUGUCUAGUAAAUGGCAUCUCUAUAUACCCGGAGGUUUCAAGUUCAUAUAUCAUGCUAUUUGCCUUCAUCUUCCUAUCAUCACUUUUGAAGCAUCUCUAUGAAGUUGUCGCAAGUGGCCAUUCAGUCCAAACAUUCUUGAACGAACAACGAAUCUGGAUGAUCAAGUCAACAACGUGUCAUGUAUAUGGAACCAUAGACGCAAUUAUGACACAAAUCGGCAUGAGAAGAGCUAGCUUCUUGCCUACAAAUAAGGUCGAUGAUGAUGAGCAAUCCAAGAGAUACGAGAUGGGGAUAUUCGAUUUUCAAACGUCAAUAAUGUUCCUGGCUCCGAUGGUGACCCUAGUGAUAUUGAACAUGGCUUCAUUCAUCAUGGGAGUCGCUAGAGUUCUUACUUUGGGAGGCUGCGAUGAACUGUUUAUGCAGAUUGCUCUAUCAUUUUUCGUCUUAGUGAUGAGCUACCCUGUGUUUGAAGGGAUGGUAUUGAGGAAGGACAAAGGACGCAUUCCACGAUCAGUCACUAUACUGUCAGCCUUUCUUUCCUUGGUAUUGUUAUUGCUAGGUUCAAGUUUUCUCAUGUAAUAAUCAAUGUUGUGCAUAGGAAGUUAUAAGUCAUUUCAUAUCAAUUCCUCAAUUAUCAUAAUUGUAGUACAUUCUGCACAAUAUAUUCAGAAGUGAUGCUUGAUUAUCAGGGACUACAAUUGUGUAAGCUUUAAAUUGACUUUCGUGACAAUUGCAGCAAGAUGAGUUGUUCAACAAA